UUGUUAGAUUUUUAGACAGAGUAGACUUCCUCUAAUUUUAUCAAUUGUAACUUAAUCUUAGUAAAUUAUGAUAAGAUUAUUAAAUUAUUCUGCAGUAUAAAAGUGAUAGUGGCCUUAAAAUCGGCUGGUGUCGUCCACAGCCACCAAAAUGACCGAAACCAAAAAAUACCUCUACUUGGAAAACACUUUAAACGAAAUAAACAGCAAGUUUAUUUCGCUCCAAGACAAGGAAGUGAAACGAAACAACCAAAUCUUGGAAUCGAUCCUCAAAACUUUCAUAGACAAAAUGAAAGAGAAAGACCCCUUAUUCAAGAAAAUGUUUUCGCGUGUUUUCUACGGUGGAAGUUACUAUGAUGGUCUCAGAGUUGGCAAACCUGAGGAAUUCGACCUGGACUUGCUUCUAAGUGUGCCCAAAUACGCAGAACCGACUAUUAUCGUCAGUAAAGUGCCCGGUUUUGUGCACUUGAAACUUGGGAAUUAUGAUGGGUUUAUGAGACAACCGGAAGCUAAUCCCACUUUCCGGACUUUUGGGAAUUUAUUCGAUAAGGAAUAUUUUCUGGAUACUGAUAAAGUCCUGUCCUGGAUGGAGGGAAUCGUGCAAAAAGCCAUGAAUGACUUCCCGCAAAAGGGCCCAAAACGGGUUGUUUCAAACUCGAAUGGGGCUUUCGAGGUAAUUGUGCAUAAAGCAGGUCCGGCUUUGACCCUAAAAAUUUCGGGCUCUGGCAUGGCAAUGGACGUCGAUUUGGUCACGUGUUUCAUCUUCCAUGGAGAUAUGUGGCCCAAACCUGGGUUCAAGUCCAAUCCUGUGAAAACCAAGCCUGAUUUUUUCAUUGUUCCGAAAAAACCCAAAACCGAGGUUGGCCAAAGUAGCAGACACUGGAGACUGUCUUUCCAAGAGCAGGAAAGGGUUUUAAUUGACAAUAAAAGAACCCUAAAACCGACAAUCAAACUUUUGAAAAAAUUGCGAGACAAUUUGCAACAUAGCGCUGUUGCCAGUUAUUAUAUUAAGACAGUGUUGUUGCACAUUGCUGAUAAAAAGCCGGAGGAGUUUUGGAGGAAUCCUUUGAGUUAUGUUUUUGUGACUGUGCUAAUUGAGUAUAAGGAUUGUAUCGAAAAGGGAAGAAUCCCUUAUUACUGGAACACAAGUAAUAAUUUGUUAGGACGAGUGAAUGCGAAAAAUUUGGAAAAUAUGGCAAAUCGACUCAAAGCCAUCAUUAGUGACAUUGAGAAGAAGAAGGAUGAGCCACAUGCAAUCGCAAAAUAUUUUUUGAACAGUAAAGACUACAAUGUCUAUAUGAUGGGCAAAAUGAAACUAUAAAAGUUUUGUAUCAAAAAAUGUUAUUUAGCGUUAAUAAAAAUUAAAUAAACCAUU